GAGACCAGUGGGUGAAUUUCAUGCAUUUCGUGUACAGUACGUGUGCCCCAAUGUUGAAAUGCAUCUCUGAGAAGAUUGAGGUUCAGUUCACAGUACCCAUGGAAAAGACAUGGAUCUAACUAUCUUAGUAAAGGUUGUUGUUCUCUGGCAGAGCCACAUUGUCUCUUCUCAGACAUAUGGGACAUAUUAUACUGCCGCUGUUUAUGAGCACAACGUUAUACUAAACCCAAACCCUAGUGUUCCCUGCAGUCGUCAGGCUGCGCUGGAACACAUGAAAAAGAACUUAGAUGUUUAUGAAGAGAAGGUGGCUACAGCAGCAAAAAAGGGAGCACAAAUAAUUGUGUUUCCAGAAGAUGGUAUCCAUGGUUUCAACUUCACCAGACAGUCAAUUGUAGGAUAUCUGGAGUCUAUUCCAGAUCCACAGGUUGUAAGCUGGAGCCCCUGUUUACAGCCAGGAAGGUUUCCUCACACUGAGGUUUUACACCGUCUAAGCUGUAUGGCAAAAAACAAUGCAUUGUAUUUGGUUGCAAAUAUGCCUGAUAGCCAAGACUGUGGAAGCAGCGAUCCUCACUGUCCACCAGAUGGCAGAUACCAGUUCAACACUGAUGUCAUCUUCAAUGAUAACGGAACACUAAUUGCCAAGUAUCAUAAGCAGAACCUGUAUUUCGAGUCAGCAUUUGAUUCUCCACCAGAAUGUGAGCAUGUAAUAUUUGAUACUACAUUUGCUGGGAGGUUUGGUAUUUUCACAUGUUUUGACAUCCUAUUUUAUGACCCUGGCAUUACUCUUUUAGAAAAAUACAAGGUAAAACAAGUUGUUUAUCCAGCAGCCUGGAUGAACCAGCUUCCACUUUUGUCUGCAAUUCAGAUCCAGCAGGCAUUUGCCACAGCUUUUGAACUUAACUUUCUAGGAGUUAACAUUCAUAAUUCUCUACUUGGAAUGACUGGAAGUGGUAUAUACACUCCCUCACAUUCAGUCUACCAUUAUGACCUGGACACAAGUGAAGGUAAGCUGUUAGUGAGUAAGGUUCCUCUCCCUGUCUACAAUAAAACAAGUCACAAAACUUCACCACCUUCCUCAAAGACCCAUCCAAUUAAUAAUUUCUUCCUAAAUGAGAACCGGGAGUGUGACAAAUCCUUUGUGCCAAAACUAAUGACAGGCUCAGUUCGUGCUGAAACAUUCCACUCAGUUAUGAUGUAUGAUAAUUACACAUUUAUUCCUGUAAUGGGAACAGACGGAGAUCUCACAGUUUGCGAUGGACUUUUGUGCUGUCAUUUAUUGUACCACCGAUCCCACAUCCCUGAUGAGCUGUAUGCUCUGGGUGUCUUUAAUGGCCUUCACGUCGUCCAUGGCACUUACUAUCUGGAGGUUUGUGCUCUGGUCAGGUGUGCUGGCUCCACAUUUGACAGCUGUGGAGGAGAGAUUGCUGAAGCCAGCACCCUCAUGGACUUCUAUAUAGAGGGCAACUUUAGCACUCAAUACAUUUUCCCCAGCAUACUGGCAAGUGGAAUGCAGCUGGCUUUUCCAGACCUUGUGGGCUGGGAGCAGGAAAGCUACUUUAUGAAUAAGAAGAGCAUGUCUUCUGGCCUUGUCACAGCUGUUCUUUAUGGAAGGGUAUAUGAAAAAGACUGAAGUUCUGCUGAAAUAAGAAACCUGGGGACCAUUGUGAUCUUGGCAGACUAAAAUGAACUAUAAAGAUCAUCAUGAUCAGAACCAUGGAGGCUUACAGAACUUGAGCAAUACCUCCUCAUUUUGUGUCUAUUAAUGCAAUACUUCGGUUGUGUUUUUUAAAUGGUGACAUUCUGCUAAAUACAUUUCAGCUGUGUUCAUAUGUAUUUAUGUGUGUUCCCAUUAUCCAAUAACCUACUAAGUCAGAGCUAGGCUAAUUCUGAGCACAAUCAAAUGAGGACUCUCUAACAAGACUGCAGUUUAACUGGCAUGAUUUACAGAAGUAAGACAUAAACGGAAGGAAAAAUUGUAAAAUGAUCAAGGAAAAUAUAUAUUUGUAUUUUUUGAAGAAUUAAUUUGUUAUCAUUCAAUUUUAAAUACUAUAUCUGGAUUAUUGGUUGUGGGCACUACUUGGAAGGCAGGCUAUUCUUAUGUAAAUGUAACAGUGUAACAGAGAGUGUAACAUCCUGAAGAAAUGGAUUUGUGUUCUGAUGAAGGCUCAUCUUAAAGUGCAUAUACAGUAUUUGUUUAUCACACAGUAAUAAAAAAAUAUUUACAUAUUAAAAUGAGUAUGCUCAGUUUAACAAAAUGAUCUCCAAAUAAGGUUACAUUUGUUAUUCAAUAGACAAAUCAAUCACCAUAUGUUUUUUUUUAUAAUUACCUUUCUUACAGAUGAAAUAAAAUAGUUUUAACAAGUAAAAGGUUGCUAAAAAGAAUAAAAUCUAGUAAUAUCUGUAAACUUAUCUUCACUUUGGUCUGUAUAGAACAGAAUGUGAUAGCAUCAUGUAGUAUCACUUAAGAACAUUUUAGGUUGUUUUUAUCCAUUAAACCACUAGAGUACCUGAAAUGCAUAUAGACAUCUUCUGAUCAUCAUUUAGAUAUGAAUAUUUAUGUCCAAAAUACUUAUGGAGUUUCAUUCUAUUGAUCCUUUUUUGUUAUGAAGAUGUCCAAAUGUGCCUCUUUUGUACAGAGGCUGUAUCUUCUCUUUCAUCAUCUGAAAGGCUAUUCCAUGUUAUUAUGAAUUCAAUCUCUGUAAUUGUAUUUAAUGGGCAAAGGAAGAGAGAUUGUGGCUGGAUUUAUUCUUGCAACUUUAAGAAAAAAAAACCUCUGAGAACCUUAAGAAAAAUGCUCCUUGUUUUUUCCCCCAUCGUAUUUUCUUUAUGACUUAACUGGGCAAUAUUGAAAGCAUAGAGAAAUUUAAAUUGUCUACAGUAAAUCUCUUGAUCAAACAGGUAAUUUAUAGUCAUUUGGAAUAAAGUACUGAAUUGUGUAUAUAUAUAUGUGUGUGUGUACAGCAAUGUAAAUAUGCUAUUUUGAUCAAAAUUUAGUUUAAUUUCCUUUUAUCACACCAUGAUGUUUUUGUCUCUUUGACCAUCUCAAAGACCUUUUUGGUCUUUCCACAUUGUGCACAUCAGUUAUCUGUUUAACGAAGCUGUUGAUAGCAUUUCAACUAGAGUCCACCAAAAUGCAUAAUAAAACUGACCUUAGUUGA